AUGGAUGAAAAUAACUUAAAACAAUGUAUACAAUUAUUGAUUACUGUUAUUUCUAAUACAAUCAAUAUACUUGAACAACAAACAAGUCAAUUAAAUGAAAAAAACAUAUUAAAUAAUCUUCAAAUAACAAUAACAAGUCUAUUAGAUUGUAAUCUUUCAUUAUUAUCUUCUCAAUAUCGAAAUUAUCUUUUCAAUAUAUUAAAUCAAUAUAAUUAUAGUAUUGAAGAAAAAAUGUUUACAAUUGAAUUUACAAAAGAAAUAUUACGUCCAUUUGUACAUAAUCUUCAAGGUAGAUUAUCUUUACUUGAUGUUUGUCAAGCAUCAUGGAAUGGAGAUCUAUCACUUGUAGAAGAUUUUAUUAGAAAAUAUCCAACAUUAAGAAAUAAAUGUGGUCUUUAUGGAACAACACUUUUAUAUUCUGCAGCAAGAAAUAAUCAUUUCGAUUUAGUUAAAUAUCUUAUUGAAACGGGUAAUUGUUCAAUUAAUGUAAAAAAUGAAGAUUAUUCUGAAAAAAGUGAAGAAUCAAAAUUAAAAGCAUCCACAGGUUCAACACCAUUACAUGCAGCUUGUUUUUAUGGGCAUUUACAAAUUGUAAAAUAUUUAAUAGAAAAUGGAGCUGAUUAUUUUAUAUUAAAUAAUAUAGAUGAAACUCCAAUUCAAAAUGGACAAUGCAAUAAAAAUAUUCAAAAAUUUUUUGAUGAUUUUCUUUUAUUUAGUUAUUCAAAAAAAUUAGAUAAACCACCAAAUAAAACAAUUCUUGAAGAAAUUAAACAAAAUGAAGAAAUUAUUGAUUGUAUUUGGGAAUAUAAACCACUUUCUCAAGAUCAAUGGUUACCAGUUUCAUCAGAACUAUCAAUUCAACUUCAACAAUCUUUAAGUAUUAAGUCUGAUGAAAAAUUUAAAACUGAAAUCGUUUUAAAAAAAUCAACAGAUAUUUAUUAUAUUUCAAUUGCACAAUUUUUAUAUUCCAUUAUAAAUGAUAAUCAAACAGAAAAUUUCACUUGGAUUCGUUGUCGAGGUUCAUCUCUACUCAAUUUUCAUUCUUAUUCACAAUGGCAAAUAAUGUUUAUUAAAUAUCCAAUGGGUAUAACAAAUAAUUCAACAUCAAUAGAAAUAUUUGAUAUGACAACAAAUAAAAUACAACUUAAUUCAUGGUAUAAUUCUAAUAUAAAAAUUAAUUUUUUAUUUGAAAGAGCAAUGAAUUAUCGACAAAAAUAUAUAACUAUCAAUUUAAAUUUUAUUAAUAAUGAAAAAAUUAUAUUUAAUCUUGAAAAUUUUACAUUUACUAAUCAACAAAAUACAAUUACAGGUUUUUUAAGAUGGAUACCAAAAAUAGUCCUCAAUAAUAAUAAUAAUAAAUUAACACUUGUUGAUAAUUUUCAAUUACCUACUGAUUUAGAUUUAACAUUAUUCACUGUAUUCUAUUUAAAUCAAGUGCAACUUAAUGAAACUAUUUCAACAGAUGAAAUGAAUCAAUAUGAUUUGAAAUAUGAAAGUGUUUUUGACACAAAAAUUUUAAAUUCUCAAGAUCAGAGUGAUGUUAUUGUCAUAUGUUGUUUAUCGAAAAAUUUAGUCGAAAGUGUUCUUGUAGCAGGUGGAAAUUCUCUAAGAAAAUUAUUUAAAAUGAAAAUAAAAGAAAUUUCUGAAAAUUCUGUUGUUAGUGUUACUACAGGUGGUAAACUUGCAUCAAAAGCAAUUUAUUUUGUUCUAUGGAAACCUAGUUCUGAUUCUAAUAUACUUUGUCAAUCAAUACGAAAAUUAGUUUCAAAUGUGAUAGAGAAAGCAAUAAGUGAAAAUUAUAAAAGUAUUGCAUUUCCAGCUGUUGGUUGUGGUGAAUAUGGAUGUUCAAUUGAACUUAUUGCUGAAACAUUUAUUGAAGAAAUUCAUCAACAAUUAAUUGAAUAUUCAAUGAAAAUUUUAUUUGUAAUUCAACCUGAUAGAAUAAAUAUUUAUAAUGAAUUUCAAAAACAACUUAAUUUAUUUCAACAACAACAAACUUCAAUAACAAAAUCAAUCUCAAUAAUAAUUCAAGAAGGAAAAAUUGAAAUUGAACAAGGAGAUAUUACAAAACAAAAUGUAGAUGUUAUUAUAGGAAGUUCAUCAUCAGAAAAUUUAAGACAAGCUUUAAUAAAAGCUGCUGGAUAUCAAGUUGAACAUGCUUAUAAUCAAGCAUAUGAAGAUAAUCCAAGUUCAUUAAUUAUUUCAACUCCAUCAGGAGAAUUACCUUGUAAAAGAAUUUUUUUUAUUAAAUGGAAACCAAAUAAAGAUCCUGAAAUUCUUCAACAAUCAAUAAUUGAUCUCAUAUGGAAUGUUAUGCAAAAUGUUAUAUCAUGUAAUUAUACUUCAAUUGCAUUUCCAGCUAUUGGAUGUGGAAAACACGCUUGUUCUGUUGAUAUUAUUGUUAAAACAAUGAUUAGAGAAAUGAAAAAACAAAUGGAAACAAGAAAAUUAUUAUGUUUAGUUAAAUUUAUUAUUGAACCAAAUCAAGAAAAUGUUUAUGAUGAAUUUUGUAAACAACUUUUUUCAUCAGAUUUUCAUGCAUCAAUGGAAUUUCAAUUACCUGCAACAUGGCAAAUAUCAAAAGGAUAUAAAAUAAGACUUAUUGUAUCUAAAGAUACUGAUGAAUAUAAAUCUAUUUUUAAGCGAUUUGAUGAAGGUAUGAAAAGAGAAUAUAAAAAAAUUAUAAAAAUUGAACGAAUUCAAAAUGCACGAUGGUUUAUGCAAUAUAUGGCACAUUGGACAGAUUUUAAAAAACGAUUUAAUAAAGAUACAGAAAAACAUUUAUAUCACGGUUGUCAAGAAGAAGUAGCAAAUUUAAUUAUUGCAGAUUGUUUUAACAGAAGUUUUGCUGGAAUUCAUGGAACAAUGUAUGGUGCAGGUGUUUAUUUUUCAUCAAAUGCAGCUUAUUCUCACCAAUAUACAAAGCCAAAUUUACUGGAAGAACGAUGUAUGUUUCUUGCUCGUGUUCUUAUUGGAAAAACAACAAUAGGAAACAGUUCAAUGAAAACUCGACCACUUGGAUUCGAUUCAACAACAGAUGGAAAUCAUAUUUUUGUUACAUAUCAUGAUGCACAAGCCUAUGCUGAAUAUUUAAUUACAUAUAAAUCUAAAUAA